AUGAGCAGGGAUUCAUUCUCUGACGGCAUCUUCGACAGGAUGCAUGAGGGUGUGAGGGCUGCCGAUCGUUCGCGGGCGGAGUGGGAACGACAGCAGAUGUACGAGAUGGAGGCGCGCGAGCGCAACCAUGGCAGGGAGCACCUCUAUGGCAGGGAGCGCGGACACAGCGGAGACAUGCGCGGGGGAGAAUACUAUGGCUCGAGCGGGUACAGCUUCGAGGGGGCUCAAAAUGACAGUCUAAGGAGGCAUCUUUUAACGAGACCGCGCGCCGAGGCUGACUUCAAUCACGCCGUCCCACCAGAACUUUUGCGGCGCAGAGACUCGAUUUCUUCUGGCAGCGCGAUUGGAGCAGGAAUGGGAUUGACGCAACUCGAGAACGAGGUCUAUAGGCGUCGAUCUGCAUACCCUCGAUCUCGAGACUCGUAUCGUGACUACCAGGACUCCAGGUCACAAGACAACUACGGAAACACCAGACAUCAACACCGGGGAGAUACGAGCAGGACCAGCGACUCCAGUCGAUUCGUCAAGAUCGAGAUUAAGGUGCCGGUUGGUGGAAAGGGAAAGAAGAAGGAGAGGGAGAGGGCGAGAUCUCCAACACGACGGGGCCCAGCUUACGAGGAUCUCAGAAUGCAUCAUCAACCACCUUACGAGGAUCUUAGAAUGCAUCAUCAACCACCACCACCGUAA